UUUACCUUCUGAGAAUUUCCCGCGAACAGUGCACGAGCACUGAUGCCUGCAGACCAGACAGAGAGUUAGCAGAUUCUAAACAUUUGACGAACUAAAUCACUUUAUUAUACAUUUUUCCAUAAACAGGCUUUAUGGCGAAGCAAAGCAGCAUUUUCAAUUUUUUCAAUAAGUCUCCGCCACCGGUUCCGAAGGCGAAACCGAGUCCCUCGCCCGCAGAAGCCGACUUGCCAUCCUCAGUUCGAAAAAAGAACAGCUCUCCAAAAGAAGAAGCUAAGCAUGCAUCUCAAACUCCCACCACCAAAAAGACUCCUACAAAACCCCUUAAUGCAAAAGCGAGCAAAGGCGGAUUCGGCAAACUCUUUGGGAAUAAGACACUAACAAUACAGGAGAGUCCAGCACCAUGUCCAUUCAGCGCCGGAGCCUUGGUGUGGGCCAAGCUAGAGGGGCACCCCUGGUGGCCGUGUAUGGUAGUGCCCCAGCCUGUCAGCGGGCAGCAGAUGAGGGGCAGGGGUAAAAGCCAGCGCCUGCAUGUCCACUUCUUCGACGAGCCACCGACCAGGGGCUGGGUCAGCACCAAAUAUAUCCGCGAGUAUCAAGGCUCGGACAGCAGUGAUGCUAAGACAGGAGGGGUGUUCUUCAGUGGUAAGCCUGUGAUCCGCAGGGCCAUGGAGCUGGCUGAUGCUGCUAUGCCAGACAGCCCAGAGACCAGACUGAAGAUGCCUGUCUGUAUGGACCCAUCUGAUGCUGAGGAAGACGAGGAGGAGGAUAUGGAGCUUGAUAAGUCAACAUUGACCGACGAAGAUUUGACUGAAGAGGAAGAUGAGGAGACAGUGAAGUCAAAGCCUAGUCGCCGUUCCUCCCGUGCCACAGCAGAACAGGGCGGCAAGUCUAAGCGUCGCCGCAUCGUGGUCGCCUCCGACAGUGAAGGCUCGGGUGACGAAUUCAAACCAGAACAGGCCGGAUGCAGCAGUGAGGAAGAUGAGGAAGAGGUAGUGAACAGUGCGUCGGAGGAAGAUGUAGAAAGUGAACGUGAGGCUGAACCUGACAGCCCAGUUAAACCGGUGAAACGCAAACGACCCGCGGAGAAGCCAUCCAGUGCCAAACCAAAACCCAAGACUCCCACUCUUCCAGAAACCGCCAAGAGAGCCCCCUUAUCUAGCACCAUCACAGCCAACACCAAGUCUCGACUCUCAGCCUUUUCGGCCCCGGAGAGCUUCGACAGCCAGGCGAAUGGCUCCGGUGCCUGCGGGCAAGGUGGGGCUACGGUAUGGGACCAUGAGAAGCUUGAUUGGCUACAGGAAGGCCGGAGGAAAGACGCCAAGAGACGGAAACAGUCUGAGGAAGACUACGACCCCACGACUCUGUAUGUCCCAGAAGACUUCUUGAACAAAACGACCCCAGGCAUGCGGCGCUGGUGGCAGCUCAAGUCGGAGACGUUUGAUGCCGUGCUCUUCUUCAAGGUGGGUAAGUUCUAUGAGCUGUACCACAUGGACGCUGUGAUUGGUGUCAACGAGCUGGGUCUGACCUUCAUGAAGGGGUCCUGGGCCCACUCUGGCUUUCCCGAGAUAGGCUUUGGACGCUUCUCAGACGGACUGGUGCAGAGGGGAUACAAGGUGGCACGUGUGGAGCAGACAGAGACUCCAGACAUGAUGGAGGCUCGCUGUAAGACCAUGCUGAAGCCCACCAAGUUUGACCGGGUGGUACAGCGUGAGGUGUGCCGAAUCAUCACACGGGGAACGCAGACCUACAGCGUGUUGGACGGAGCCCCUUCUGAGACACACAGCAAAUACCUCCUCAGCAUCAAGGAGAAGGCAGAGGAGGAGAGUUCAGGGCGCUGCAGGACCUAUGGGGUCAGCUUUGUGGACACAUCUGUAGGGUACUUCCAUGUGGGCCAAUUCCAGGACGACCGACACUGCUCCCGGCUCCGCACCCUGUUGUCUCACUACGUUCCUGCACAGGUGCUCUUUGAGAAGGGGAACCCUUCAGCCGAAACCCGUAAAAUCUUCAAGGCUUCUUUGUCCUCGGCUAUGCAGGAGGGGCUGACUGCAGGCUCCCAGUUCUGGGAUGCACAGAAGACCCUGAAGACCCUAGCUGAAGAAGACUACUUUAAGGAGAGUGUGGGGAAGGAUGAGGAGCCUGGGAGCAGUGUUCUCCCCUCUGUCCUCAAAUCUAUGACAUCUGAGAGCGACUCGUUGGGUCUGACCCCUAAGGAGGGGUAUGAGUUGGCCCUGUCGGCCCUGGGAGGCUGUAUGUUCUACCUUAAGAAAUGUCUGGUAGACCAGGAGCUGCUGUCCAUGACCAACUUCCAGGAAUAUGUCCCAGUGGACGUGGAGAUGGAGAAGGCAGCCGGGCCAACCAGUUUCUUCUCCCAGACCCGUCAGCGUAUGGUCCUGGAUGGGGUGACCCUAGCCAACCUGGAGAUCCUGCAGAAUGUCUCGGGGGGUACAGAGGGGACCUUGUUGGAACGCCUGGAUACCUGUAGUACUCCAUUUGGUAAAAGGUUGCUGAAGCAGUGGCUCUGUUCCCCGCUCUGUAACCCCACAUCCAUAGGGGAACGCCUGGAUGCCCUGGAGGACCUGAUGGGAGUGCAGGCCCAGGCUACGGAGGUCUCAGACCUGCUCAAGAAGCUCCCUGAUCUGGAGAGGCUCCUUAGUAAGAUCCACAGCAUUGGUACUCCGAAGGGUCAGGACCACCCAGACAGCAGGGCUGUUUUGUAUGAAGAGGUCACCUACAGUAAGAAAAAGAUUGCGGACUUCCUCUCGGCUCUGGAGGGCUUCAAGACCAUGCAGGAGAUUGUGACCAUACUAGGACCGGUCGCGGGUGACUUCCAGUCCAGGCUGCUGCGCCUGGUGGUCAACCUGAAGGAUGACGGUCAGGAGGGCCUCUUCCCUGACCUGUCGGCCGAGCUGAAACGCUGGGACACAGCCUUCGACCACCAGAAGGCCCGCGCCACCGGAGUCAUCACCCCUAAGGCUGGCUUUGACCCAGAGUUUGACCAGGCUCUCAGUGGCAUCAAGGCCUGUGAGAGGGACCUACAGGACUACCUGGACAGGCAGAAGAAGAGGCUGGGCUGCAGGAACCUGACCUACUGGGGGACGGGACGGAACCGCUUUCAGAUGGAAGUACCAGACAGUGUCUCAGAGAGGAACAUUCCUGAGGAGUACAAGGUGAAGUCCACUAAAAAGGGUUGGAAACGCUACUGGACCAGGGAGAUAGAGCGUCUGUUCUCAGAGCUCCAGAGUCUUGAGGAGAAGAGAGACGCAGCUCUGAAGGACUGCAUGAGAAGACUCUUCUACAACUUUGACAAGAACUACAGGGACUGGCAGACUGGGGUAGAGUGCAUGGCUGUGCUAGAUGUGUUACUGAGUCUGACACGGUACAGCCAGGGGGGAGAUGGAGGACCAAUGGCACGGCCUCAAGUACUACUUCCUGGUGACAUCAGCCAAUCAGCAGCCUUCCUGGACCUGAGGGGCUCCCGCCACCCCUGUGUCACGAAAACCUUCUUCGGUGAUGACUUCAUCCCUAAUGACAUUGCUAUUGGCUGCCCUGGCAGCGAGGAGGGGGGCCAGGAGGAUAACGGACAUGCACCCUGCGUGCUGGUCACUGGGCCUAACAUGGGAGGAAAGUCGACUCUUAUGAGACAGUGUGGUCUGGUGGUGGUCUUGGCCCAGUUGGGUUGCUAUGUUCCUGCUGAGAGCCUGUCCUUUACCCCUGUGGACAGAGUCUUCACCCGCUUGGGAGCAUCGGACCGUAUCAUGGCUGGGGAGAGCACCUUCUUUGUAGAGCUCAGUGAGACUGCUAGUAUCCUCCACCAUGGGACCAAGCACUCCCUGGUGCUGCUGGAUGAACUGGGGAGGGGCACAGCCACAUAUGACGGCACAGCGAUAGCCAGUGCUGUGGUGAACGAGCUGGCGGAAAGGAUCUGCUGUCGGACCCUCUUCUCCACACAUUACCACUCCCUAGUAGAAGACUACACCAACAACCCUGCUGUACGGCUCGGACACAUGGCCUGUAUGGUGGAGAAUGAGGGAGAUGAGGACCCUAGUCAGGAGACCAUCACCUUCCUCUACAAGUUUAUAACGGGAGCAUGUCCUAAAAGCUACGGUUUCAAUGCUGCUCGCCUCGCCAACCUGCCUGAGGAUGUUAUACAAUCGGGCCACAGGAAGGCCAAGGAGUUUGAGAGGAGCACCAUUUCCCUACGAGUCUUCAAGAAGCUGUGUUUGUAUGCUGAAGACCCCACAGCAGCCAGCACACAGUUUGCCUUGCUGGUCCGGAUGAUCAGCAACCUGUGAAGAUGAAGCAGUUUUAUUUUUUGGGCCUGUUCAAGAGAACGUUACAUUUCUAAUUUGAAUGUUGUAUCGAGUAGAAUAGGAAACUGUCUUCAGUCUAUUUGCAACAUUUAAAACCUUUCACAUCCCUGAAUCCUGUUUUGUUCUUUGUAGUUUGCUCUUGUUCUUCCCUUUCCACCAUCACAAAUCACUACUGUAUUAUGAUCUAAUAAAGUUUAUUUUUAAAAAAUGA